GCUGGUUGCCAUGGUCCUGAGUGCCUGGCUCGCGCGUGAACGGAGCUGGAGAGGCCUCCCCGGGACCCGGCUCCGAAACAGGUCUCUCUCCAGCACCUUCUCCUGAAGCAGCUGCAUGAAGAGCAUGGAGGCUGAGGAUCAGACCGAGAAGAUUAGCAUCAGCGCUGAGAGCCCCAGAGGAGGUGAUGUGGGGGAGCUGGGCAUCGGGCUGCUCAGCUCUGCGAAGAGCCGCCCAGUCACCUGGAGGCAGAAAUGUGCAGCCUACGUUCUGGCCCUGCGGCCCUGGAGCUUCAGCGCCUCUCUGACCCCAGUAGCCCUGGGCAGUGCCCUAGCCUAUCGAUCCCACGGAUCCCUAGACCCAGGGCUGCUAGUGGGCAGUGCAGUGGCUGUCCUGGCUGUGCAUGGAGCAGGUAACUUGGUUAAUACCUACUAUGACUUCUCCAAGGGCAUUGACCACAAGAAGAGUGAUGACCGGACAUUGGUGGACCAGAUCUUGGAGCCUCAGGAUGUGGUCCGGUUUGGGGUCUUCCUCUAUACCCUGGGCUGUAUCUGUGCUGCCUGCCUCUACUGUCUCUCCACUCUCAAGUUGGAGCACCUGGCCCUGAUCUACUUUGGGGGACUUUCCAGCUCCUUCCUUUAUACUGGAGGAAUUGGAUUUAAAUAUGUUGCACUUGGCGACUUGGUGAUCCUCAUUACAUUUGGGCCCCUGGCUGUCAUGUUUGCCCAUGCAGUGCAGGUUGGCUAUCUGUCUGUCUCACCACUGCUCUAUGCUGUCCCACUAGCCCUCAGUACUGAGGCCAUCCUGCACAGCAACAACACACGGGACAUGGAGUCUGACCGGCAGGCAGGCAUUGUCACCCUGGCUAUCCUCAUCGGCCCCACGUUUUCCUACAUGCUCUACAACACACUGCUCUUCCUGCCCUACCUGAUUUUCUGCAUCUUGGCCACGCGUUACACCAUCAGCAUGGCGCUGCCACUACUCACCAUGCCUAUGGCCUUUUCGCUGGAGAGGCAGUUCCGGAGCCAGAGCUUCAGCAAAAUUCCCCAGCGGACAGCCAAGCUCAACCUCCUGCUGGGGCUCUUCUACGUUUUUGGUAUUAUACUGGCACCAGCAGGCACGCUGCCCAAACUGUAA